CGUCACUUCCGUUCCCACUUAAAACAUGGCCGCGCACUGACAAAUGUGACAUUUCUUCUUGCGCUGAAAACAAACAGUCAGUAACGUCUGUUUCAUAACCUGUCCAGCGAAUAGUAAAGAGGCGAUAACUGUGGAGAUUUUGCUUUGCGUCGUUCAACAUCCUCGGAGGAUAAUCCAGUGAACACCAUGGUCCAUUUAUCGUCUCUCCUCCUGAAGAAAUACCACGGGGGUUAUGUUGUCAUCCGACUGGCUCUUGCAGGCCAUAAACAAGCUAACAGACCCUUUUAUCGCAUCGUGGCAGCUUACAAUAAAAGAGCAAGAGAUGGCAAAUACAUUGAGCAGCUGGGUUCCUAUGACCCCCUCCCUAACAUUUACAACGAGAAACUCGUCAGCUUCAACUUUGACCGAAUCAAGUACUGGAUGGGCUGCGGUGCGCACACUACAAAGCCUGUGGCCAAACUUCUAGGGUUGGCAGGAUUCUACCCUCUGCAUCCCAUGACAAUAACAGAGGCAGAGCGUCGUAGAGCCCAAAUGAAGCUGGAAGAAACGGGAACAGAGGAAGGUCUGGAGGUGGCACAGAAGCAGGAUGAAGUAUGAGAAUUUAAGCUGGGGACUGUGUGACUGUCAAGUACAAAUGGAUGUCACAGAUAUUUGGGAAGAAAACCGUCUGAUGUGUUUCCUGACUUAUUCGAUGGACUGCUUGUUGGAUCUUCAGAUAUGGUGUGUUGUAGUCCUAAUUGCUUCAGUGGUCUCUAUGAACAAAUUUUAUUACAACAUGCUUCAUAAAAUUCAGUGGAUUCCUGUUAAUAAUCAUAGAGUGCCAUUACAGCCAGUUGUUUGGAUUUACUAUUUUAUGUGACUUAAUUAAAGUAUUUGAAUACUGUUACAUUUGUUUGGGGUUAAGUUGCAUUUUUUUUUGUUUUUGUUAUCCUCUGUCUAACUUUUUCAGGAACUUUAAGAACAAUCAGCACCAAGAAUGCCAAGCAAUUAAGUUGUUUAGUUUCCUUUGAAAAUGACUGUGAUCAUUCCUCGCUCUUUUGUCUGUUUUUCUUUUUUUGGCCAGCAUAUAUUUGAACAUGCACACAUAAAUCAGAAGUGAAUGCCAGUAAUGUCAACCACAAAGAAAAACAAAGAAAAAGAAAUCAGAAGAGGGUGGGUUUGUUGAUAGAAUUAUUGGCAAGCUUUACAGCAUGUAGUUCCUUUUUGGCUCAGUAACAAACUCUCCGCCCAUAUACUGAAAUGUGUGUUAUGGAAACCUUUGUAAACUCAAACUUACCGCUUAGUGACGGUACUCUCAUAAUGUGGGACAGUACUUUUGGAAUUAUAAUACAGUAAAUCAUCUGUUUGUUUGUUUUUUUGUUUACUUCAAGCACUAAUAAUUACUACAAAAGUGCACAAUAAAUUCUCAGAGGAGAUUUGACCUGAUUAAGAUGAAAAAAGCAACAGAUUGAUCUAAGACAUAAUCACACCACACUUGUCUUCAUCAUCAACAGGUCAUAUUGUACAAAAAGGCUUGAAACAUCCCUACAUGCACAUUGUCUUUUGUUAAAUCCAAUGCAGAGACGGCAUGCAGACGUACUUUAUAUUCAUUUUUAAACUUAAGUGUUUGUGCUUUCUGUUCUCAAAAAGUUCUUAGAUAAUGAUAUCAUGAUAUUGAUAUCAAUGUCAUUAUUAAAUAUAAAUAAUAAUAUUCAUAUGUCUACAUAUGAAAUAUGCUUUUUCUCCAGAUUUCCAUUUUAUAUGUAUGAACUUCGUGCUUGACACGUGCUUAUCGUCACACGCUUGUGCUAUCUUGAACAGGGUGAUACUGAAAAACACAAGCGUGGUUUGCUUCAGUCAGCUAGUGAUGAAUUUAGUGACUAAUCUGAGCCAAGGCACACCUGACAACACCCAGGUGUAGACACACAAGUCCAGCAAAAACAAAUACAAAACUUAAAAUAGUUCUGCUGUUGAUACUGCUUUUUUUUCCUUCAGGAUUGUGGAACAAAAGCCAGUGUGAUUCUUUAACAUGCUGGUGCUCUGAGAGUUUCUGGAAAAUUUUAGUCGGCAGUUCCACUCACACUAAUUACCAAUACACCUGAUCUGAUUUAUACAUUUGUUGAAUAUAAUAGAUAAAAUUAGGGGGAAAAAAAUCAACUGUAUUAUGAAAUUAUUAAAAUCUACCAUGAUGUUGUUAGCAGGAAAUACUAUGUUUUUUUGUUGUAUAGUAUUUCAGAAAUGAUUUUCCAGUAAACAAAUAGAGGUGUGGACAGCCUUACCCCGACCAAUUCAAUCACUUGUAACCUCAAGAUCAAGAGAAAUAUUUGCGUUUAACCUCACAGCUCAUUUAUUGAGGCCACUUAUUAACCUGACUGGGAUCAUGUUUAACAGUCCACUUAUAGCAUGACUAUUCAAUUCAGUUGACUCUAUAAACAAUAUGUUGCUCAGUGUAACAAUCUUUAAGCUAGAGUCGUGUGGCCUUCUAUGUCACGUACAUCUGAUUGCUACAGCAUGUAAAUAUUGGACUGAAAUAAAUGUCAACAACAA